GUAACUUUUUGCAUUCUGAUGGAAUUAGGAGGGGCUCAAAUAACAGCAGGGUCUGAGUAACCCAUAAAGCAUUAGCAGCCAGAGCUCUCACACACUGCACAGAACCCUCAGCAGGCUCACCACCGGCACACUCCUCCCUUUCCACUCUCGCCCAGCAGCCAUGCCUACUGAUUUCAAUGGGUACUGGAAAAUGUUAAGCAAUGAGCAUUUCGAAGACUAUAUGAAGGCUCUGGACGUUAAUGUUGCAAUAAGGAAAAUUGCCAACCUGCUGAAGCCGGACAAGGAAAUUAUUCAGAAUGGCGACCACAUGAUCAUCAAAACACUAAGCACUUUCAGAAACUACAUCAUGGAGUUUGAUGUGGGAAAGGAGUUCGAGGAGGAUUUGAGUGGAGUGGAUGAUCGCAAAUGCAUGACCACAGUCAACUGGAAAAAUGAUCAACUGGUGUGUGAUCAGAAGGGUGAGAAGGUGGGACGUGGCUGGACCCAGUGGGUGCAAGGAGAUGAGCUGCACUUGGAGAUGCGAGUAGGAGAUGUUGUCUGUAAACAGGUUUUUAAAAAGAUACAACAGUGAUGCUGACUACGCACAAUAAACCACCACCUGGAGUAGAAGAGUAAAAACAACCCCACCCCUUGUUCUGCUGCAUUGAUGUUUUAGAGUUGAGUCUCCGUGUUUUAUAAUGUGUCUUUAGGUACAUUAAUAAAAACACUAAUCUGACUUCUGUGUGGAUUUGCUACAUGUAUUGUUUUCUUCUAAUGGGGUAAUGAAAUGCAGACUGUGAAAUGAAAUACACUGUGCUGCA